GCUAUUUUAGAAAAACCCAUUAACUCAUUCCAUUUGGCAGUAUUGCAAUCAGGUUCAAUGAAAAAGACGAUACAACAGAUACUAAUUACGGCCUGCCAAUAAUGAGUCGUCUUAGCUAAGAUGGGAAGUUAACUCGCGCGUAUAUAUAAAUUUUAGUUGUGUUAAGAGUUGUUUAUCGAUCGGAAAAGUUGGCUAAAAAGACAGCUAGCCGGGCAUAUGGGGGCCAGAGGUGGCAUUUUCCGGCAUGCGGAUCGCCUGGACAUGUUGCUGAUGCUGUUGGGGACUUUGGGAAGCAUCGGAGAUGGGUUGCAGAACCCGCUGACGAUGCUCAUUCUAAGCGAUGUGAUAAAUGACUACGGAAGUGGCAGUAAUUUGACGAACGAUGUUGUGGACAAGCAUGCACUCAAGCUACUCUAUGCUGCAAUUGGAGUCGGACUUUCCGCUUUUGUAGAAGGGCUAUGUUGGGCAAGAACCGCUGAGAGACAGACUUCUCGGAUGAGAAUGGAGUACCUGAAAGCUGUCCUAAGACAAGACGUUAGUUUCUUUGACAACCAAGCUGCUGGUACUUCAACAACCAACCAAGUUGUGACACUCAUCACCUCGGACGCCAAUUCAAUCCAAGUUGCUUUAUGUGAGAAGAUACCUGACUGCCUUGCUUACAUGUCGACUUUCUUCUUCUGCCACAUAUUUGCCUUCACACUUUCAUGGAGGCUUACACUGGCGGCUAUACCACUUUCAGUAAUGUUCAUUGCGCCAGGACUUAUGUUCGGAAAUAUCAUGUUGGGCCUGAUAAUGAAGAUGAUUGAAUCUUAUGGAGUCGCUGGAGGGAUUGCAGAGCAAGCAAUUUCUUCAAUAAGAACUGUAUAUUCUUAUGUGGGUGAGCAUCAGACACUUGAAAGAUUCAACCGUGCACUUCAGACAACUUUGGAAUUUGGAGUAAAACUAGGAUUUGUAAAGGGAUUGUUGUUGGGGAGCAUGGGAAUUAUAUAUGUGGGUUGGGGUUUUCAGGCUUGGGUUGGGACUUAUUUGGUUACUCAAAAACAUGAAAAGGGUGGACACGUGUUCGUAGCAGGGUUUAAUGUACUCAUGGGAGGAUUGAGUGUUUUGAGUGCGCUCCCAAAUCUAACUGGGAUUACGGAGGCAACAACUGCUGCCUCCCGGAUUUCCGAGAUGAUCGAUCGGGUUCCUACUAUAGACUCUGAAGAAAAAAAGGGGAAAGCUUUAUCAUAUGUGAGAGGAGAAAUCGAAUUUAAAGACAUAUAUUUUAGUUAUCCAUCAAGACUUGAGACACCGAUCUUACAAGACUUCAAUCUUAAGGUUCCAGCAGGUAAAAAAGUAGGUCUUGUUGGGGGCAGUGGUUCAGGCAAGUCCACAGUCAUUGCAUUGCUUGAAAGAUUUUACGACCCCAUUGAAGGAGAUAUACUCUUGGAUGGCUACAAAAUAAGAAAACUUCAGCUGAAAUGGUUGAGAUCCCAACUAGGCCUAGUAAAUCAGGAACCUGUUCUAUUUGCAACAUCCAUUAUAGAGAAUAUAAUAUUUGGUAAAGAAGGAGCUUCAACGGAUAGUGUCAUAAGUGCAGCCAAAGCAGCAAAUGCGCAUGACUUCAUCACCAAGUUACCAGAUGGAUAUGAAACUCAAGUCGGCCAAUUUGGAUUCCAAUUGUCUGGAGGUCAGAAGCAACGAAUUGCUAUAGCUAGAGCUCUACUCAGGGAUCCAAAAAUCCUACUGCUCGAUGAAGCCACUAGUGCUCUGGAUGCACAAUCUGAACGGAUAGUACAAGAGGCAAUUGAUCAGGCAUCGAAAGGGCGGACAACAAUCAUUGUUGCUCAUCGCCUGUCCACGAUUAGGACUGCGAACCUGAUUGUGGUCCUUCAAGCUGGCAGAGUAGUUGAAUCAGGUUCACACAAUGAGCUGAUGCAGAUAAAUGGUGGACAAGGUGGGGAAUAUUCCAAGAUGGUGCAGUUGCAGCAGGUGGCAAUGCAAAAUGAAGAUUCCAACAUUCCCAGUUAUCCAGUAGAGGGAAGAAGCCACCACAGAAGGAGCAUCCCAUCAAGCCCAAUCAGCGUGAGAUCAAGCACUUACAGCUCUCCAAUGUAUCCCUUAAGCCAGGCAUUUUCCAUGGGCACACCAUACUCCUAUUCCAUCCAAUAUGACCCUGAUGAUGACAGUGAUGAAGAAUAUGUAAAGAAAUCUUCCUAUUCUUCUCCUUCCCAGUGGCGUUUACUAAAAAUGAAUGCACCUGAGUGGGGAAAAGCCGUGCUUGGAUGCUUGGGAGCCUUAGGCUCUGGAGCAGUACAACCCAUAAAUGCCUACUGCGUGGGAUUACUCAUAUCAAUCUAUUUCCUCCCUGAAUCCGAAAUGAAGUCUAAAUCCAGAGUCUUGUCCCUUGUUUUCUUAAGCAUUGGUGCUUUCAACUUUUUCACCAAUAUCCUCCAACACUACAAUUUUGCAGUUAUGGGAGAAAGGUUGACAAAAAGGGUACGAGAGAAUCUACUAGAGAAACUAAUGACCUUUGAGAUUGGCUGGUUUGAUCAAGAUGAGAACACAAGUGCAGCCAUUUGUUCAAGGUUAGCUACUGAAGCCAACAUGGUCCGGUCGCUUGUCGGGGACCGGCUGUCAUUGCUGGUCCAAGCAAUUUUUGGGGCAACCUUUGCUUACAUUCUAGGACUAGUCCUCACAUGGAGGCUAUCCCUUGUAAUGAUUGCUGUGCAGCCGUUGGUUAUUGGGAGCUUUUACUCGAGGAGUGUCUUGAUGAAGAGUAUGGCUGAGAAAGCCCGGAAAGCACAAAAGGAAGGAAGUCAAUUGGCAAGCGAAGCAGUCAUUAACCAAAAAACUAUAACUGCUUUCUCUUCUCAGAAAAGAAUAUUGGGGCUCUUUGGGGCAACCUUAAGCGGUCCUAGGAAGGCAAGUGUUAAACAGUCGUGGGUUGCUGGUUUUGGCCUCUUUAGCUCCCAAUUUUUUAACACAGCUUCGACAGCUUUAGCAUUCUGGUAUGGUGGGAGGCUGUUGACUCAAGGACUAAUAGAACCAAAGCACCUUUUUCAAGCAUUUUUGAUAUUGCUAUUCACUGCUUAUAUCAUUGCCGAAGCUGGGAGCAUGACAAGUGAUAUAUCUAAAGGAAGUAGUGCCAUUCAAUCAGUUUUGGCUAUUCUUGACAGGAGAACGGAGAUUGAUCCAGAGAGCACAGAUGGACUACACAUUAAAAGAAAAAUAAAAGGACGUGUGGAGCUUAGAAAUGUUUUCUUUGCAUAUCCAGCAAGACCUGAGCAGAUGAUCUUUAAGGGCUUGAGCCUUAAGAUUGAUGCAGGCAGAACAGUGGCGCUGGUGGGGCAAAGCGGUUCUGGCAAAUCUACCAUUAUCGGGCUUAUUGAGAGGUUUUAUGAUCCUUUGAAGGGAUCCGUCUAUAUAGAUGAACAGGAUAUUAAGAACUUUAAUUUGAGAAUGCUGAGGUCACAUAUUGCAUUAGUCAGUCAGGAGCCAACUCUUUUUGCUGGAACCAUACGUGGAAAUAUUGUCUAUGGGAAAGAGAAUGCUACAGAGUCCGAGAUCAAAAAAGCUGCAGUUCUUGCCAAUGCUCAUGAAUUUAUAAGUGGAAUGAAAGAUGGGUAUGACACAUACUGUGGAGAAAGAGGAGCUCAGCUAUCAGGUGGUCAGAAACAGAGGAUAGCACUAGCCCGUGCAAUACUAAAGAACCCUUCAAUCCUUCUGUUGGACGAAGCUACCAGUGCACUUGAUAGUGUGUCAGAGAGUCUAGUUCAAGAAGCACUCGAGAAGAUGAUGGUUGGCAGGACAUGUGUAGUUGUUGCUCACCGGCUGUCGACAAUACAGAAAUCCAACUCCAUUGCUGUGAUCAAGAAUGGAAAGGUUGUGGAACAAGGCUCACAUAACGAACUCAUUUCCUUAGGUCCCGGUGGAGCAUACUAUUCUCUAAUAAAACUACAAGGUGGCAGCUCUCCUAACCGAUGAACUGGAUGCAUGUUUGGGAUUGUGUUCAAGUGCUUAAAAAGCUUGAAUUUAUAGACAAAUUUUAUUUCUCAA